UCCAAAGAUCAAUCAGAGAUUUGGAUCUUUCAACACCCCACCAGCUAGCCCAUGGUCAAAAAGCCGUUCGUAGCCUCAGGCUUUUCAUCUACAUGUAUCGAAGAAAGGAACAAUGGCAGCUACCUUACCCCGAGUAUUCCUGGUUUCGAGCAGACAUCAUGGCUCUCGAACAGUCCGCGUCCAACCGACACUGGUCCGUCAACGUUUCUUUUCCGAGUCUGCGAAAGAGACCGCACCCAAAAAGACACCCGAUCCAACCGUUAACGGUGGCGGCGGGAACAACAACAUGAUGUGGCAUGUCGCCACGGCAGCGGUAUUUGGGCUGUCCUUUGUUGGUGUCCGAUAUGGUUUGAAGAACAUGAACUUGGACAAGGAGGACGGCGCAAUCGCUGCCGCUACAAAGCCAGAACCUCAGGCAGAAGUCACUUCCAAGGUCUACUUUGAUGUGUCCAUCGACAAGCAACCAGCCGGGCGAGUUGUGAUGGGUCUUUACGGUGGAGUGGUCCCCAAGACGGCCAAAAAUUUUGAAACACUCUGCAAAGGAACCGUAAAGAAGGGCAACAUUGAUUUGACCUACUCCAAGACCACGUUUCAUAGAAUUAUCCCUGGAUUCAUGAUCCAAGGCGGGGAUUUCACACAACAUGAUGGAACUGGUGGUCUCUCCAUCUACGGAAACAAAUUCGAGGAUGAGAAUUUUCAACUCAAGCAUACUGCACCUUUUAUUUUGUCUAUGGCGAAUGCUGGACCCAACACUAAUGGCAGCCAAUUCUUCAUCACGACAAAAAAGACGCCCUGGUUGGACGGAAAACACGUCGUGUUUGGAUGUGUCCUGGAUGGAUUUGAUGUGGUCAAACUCAUUGAAUUGAAUGGCAGCAGUUCGGGCAGACCGAAACAAAGAGUUGUCAUUACCAAAGCCGGAAUAGUGGAAGACGAGGCAGACGACAACAAUGAAAAGGACGACAAUGUCAAGGAAGGAAAGGCAAAACAAUAAACGCGACAAUCUAAUAGCUGGAGGAUGCACUGUACAUCGACGUGUUUGUAGGUGUAGGUGUUCCUCUAGCUCUAUCGUGCAGCCUUGCCAAGCCUGCUGGUUGUGGGUAAAAGCAGACGAUCGGGACACGAUGCCUUCCAUUCAUCAAAUGUAGGUACAGGAGUCCAAGGACACUUUCUUCCUUUUCUUUCUUGAGCUUCCCAAGGAAGGCUAAGUUUUCUCACAUGCUAGCUGGUACCGGUAGUAACAUUAUUAGAGCUCCGUUGCUGCUGUGU